GGGACCACCUUGCAUUAGAGGCGCGUGCGACAUCAGUACCAUUCAUUGCUUUUUUGAAUGUGAUCGAUCGGUGAUUCAUAAUUAUUAUCAUCACUUGGAGACAUCCGUUCAUUUAAAUUUGAAAAGAAGAUGGAUUACAGUGUCCAGUUCCGCAGGGAGGCCUCUGGUGAGCUCACCCUUAAACCCUCUCCUGAGGCAGUGGCUCUUGCUACUGCCUACAGGAAAAAUCCCACCCCGGGACGCUCGUGGCCUGCUUCAAGGGUGAAGGAGGAGGCCAUCGCUCGUGUGGCAGCAGCGGGAGGUGACACAUCCAGUCACCAUCUUGUGCUGAGUGAAAGCGCCCUGCAGUUUGGCCAGUACCGGGGUAAAACCUUUAAAUGGUUGCUUUCCAGUGAUGUUGGUUACGCAGCCAUGGUGCUGGCCGUGCAUCAGCGGGAGCGUGAGGGCGGCGACACCACCCAGUCUGCUGUCAUGGGCAACAAGGACGCAUUGCUGUGGUAUGCCAGCCUGUUUCCUGACAUGGUGGCUGCCAUCAGCGAGCGCCGGGUCAGAGAGGGCACUGGCACACCAGCCCAGGAAGAUCGGGUGCUUGUUGGGUUUGGCAACUUUGCCACCAUGUCCUUUAAGGACCUAUAUGAGGCGACGGACCGUGACAGAAAAGGCUUCAUCAAGUGGGCGAGGAAGCAGACAGCCAGACCGGGUACAAAGAUGGAAACUCUGCAGAAGUACAUUCGGAGAAGAGACGCUGAGAUGCUGUCAGAAUCAGCGCCUCCAGCUGAUGUGACUCAACCAUCCAGUCAGCCAGAACCUCUGCCCUCUGCAACGAGAGCUGCUGCACCAGAACAGCGGCCUCUGUCCACAGAAGAACUGUUGCUGCCUGAAGGCUGGAGACAGACCCUGCCCAAAGAGCAGCAUUUGUGGGUCAGCAAGGCUCUUUUCACCAGAGACAAGUCUGGGAGGCUGGCGCUGACCAAAAACUUGCGUCUCUGGUGGCAUCCUCCUGGCCCCCGUCCUCUCCCAACUGUCGCCGUCUUGGCUUCCCGCUGA